AUGCUAAUUGGAGAACUUUCUCUUCUCCUCACUCUUUCAUCAUGUGUAACCGUGUUUUCCUUUCAAGCUUCAAUCAAAACAACCUACUUGGAACCUUUCAAAUGCUCCCCUAAGAUCACCACAUGCAUUGCCUCACUCUACCACAUAAACUACGGUCUCGACAUAUACGACAUAGCCACCUUCUACUCAGUUAACACCUCCCAAAUCAAACCUCUAGCGCGUGGCACCAAGCAAGAUUACCUUAUAACAAUUCCAUGUUCUUGCAAAAACACCGACGUUCUUGGCGGAUAUUUCUAUGAAACGACCUACAAGGUGAAGCCUAAUGACACGUUUGUGAAUAUUAACAACGUUACUUAUAGUGCCCAAGCCUGGCCUAUUAACAAAGGUUUGGACCCAGAUGAGGACUUGGCGAUACAUCUUCCUUGUGGGUGUUCAGAAAAAAGUGAUUCUCAAAUUGUGGUCACGUAUACAGUUCAGCAAAGUGAUACAACCUGGUCAAUUGCUACUCUGCUAAAUGCUACGUUUGAUGGCAUGAAGAGUAUGAAUGAAGUUCUGGCUCAGAAUCCCUCAUUCAUAGAUAUUAAUUGGGUGCUGUAUGUUCCCAGGGAACUGAAUGGUUUACCUUCCAAAGGAAAAGAAAAGAAACACACAAUAAUCAUUGGCGUCUUAGCGGGUGUGUCAUUACUUUCAAUUAUUACCCUGAUCAUUCUCAUUGUCGUUCUUAGGAGAUCCAGAGCCAAUGCAACAGCCAAAAAUGAUCAAAGUGCUGUCUCUAAAAGAUCAAUCGCCAAUAGAACUAUUUCCUUAAUGAACCGAGACUUUCAUACAGAAAUUGAAGAUGCAACACCAUUUGAGUCAGAAAGGCCAGUAAUUUAUACUCUAGAGGAGAUUGAAGAUGCUACAAAUAACUUUGAUGAAACCCGAAGGAUUGGAGUAGGUGGAUAUGGGAGUGUAUAUUUUGGAAUGUUAGAGGGGAAGGAGGUUGCUGUGAAGAAGAUGAGGUCCAAUAAAUCCAAAGAAUUCUAUGCAGAACUCAAGGCCUUGUGUAAGAUCCAUCACAUUAACAUUGUGGAGUUGUUGGGAUAUGCUAGCGGAGAUGACCACCUUUAUUUGGUGUAUGAGUAUGUUCCAAAUGGAUCUCUCAGUGAACAUCUUCAUGAUCCUUUGCUGAAAGGUCACCAGCCUCUUUCUUGGUGUGCUAGGUGUCAAAUUGCAUUAGAUGCAGCAAAAGGUCUUGAAUACAUACAUGAUUACACAAAAGCACGAUAUGUGCACCGUGAUAUAAAGACCAGUAAUAUUCUUCUUGAUGAGAAGCUUAGAGCAAAGGUAGCAGAUUUUGGACUUGCAAAGCUAGUAGAACGAACCAACGAUGAAGAAUUCAUAGCAACGAGGCUUGUUGGAACACCAGGCUACCUUCCACCAGAAUCUGUGAAGGAGCUUCAAGUGACUAUCAAAACAGAUGUAUUUGCAUUUGGUGUGGUUCUAGCAGAGUUGAUAACAGGGAAACGCGCACUAUUUCGUGACAACCAAGAAGCCAACAAUAUGAAAACACUUGUUAAAGUUGUUGGCCAAAUAUUCAAGCAUGAAGACCCAGAGACUGUGUUAGCAGACACCAUAGAUGGGAAUCUUCAACGUAGCUAUCCUAUGGAAGAUGUGUAUAAGAUGGCAGAACUAGCUCAUUGGUGCUUGCACGAAGAUCCAAAUGAGAGGCCUGAGAUGAUGGAGAUGCUUGUGGCAUUGUCAAAAAUUGUGAUGUCCUCCAUAGAGUGGGAAGCAUCACUAGGUGGAGACAGCCAGGUCUUCAGUGGGGUAUUUGAUGGAAGAUGAAGACUCUUUCUUACAUGAUAAUUGUAUACUAAAUACUAAUCCUUGUCUUUGCUGCGUUAAUAUAUUAAUUAAUCGGUUGUAUCUAGUCAAAUGUCACUGCCAUUUGGAAUUUUUGCUUUAGUUGUU